AUGUUUUCUGUUUCCAGCGAAAGAAACAAAUACAGACUUGGCCUUGGGAAGUAUACAGGUGAGUGCUUACAAUCUGUGGAUUGGUCUAUUUUACCCAAAACAUAGUUCCCAUAGAGAUACAACCGAAUUAGAGCGAUUCUUUCAUUUUUAAACGGACCAAUAAGCCUAGCGUUACAGAAAAAGGUACUAUUUCUGUUAUUUGCUCCAGAUCCCCAAAGCAGUAGAUUCUUCGUUUUUUUUUCUUUUUUUUUUGUUUGCUUGUUCGUUUUGAGUUUUUUUUUUGUGUCAGAGCUUAUCACAUUCUCUUCUAUCAUCAGAGACUGAAAUACGCUCAAAGACUUAAUUUCUCUCCAAACUAACACACAUUUUCUGGACUUGUUGAUGGUUUCUGAACUCCCACCUUUGAGGGGAGCCGCAAGUUUGGUGUUGUGCCUACUUUUGUUAACUGUCGGUGUUUUUGUCUCAGGAACUGCUGGGGAUUCCUUGAGCUAUCAUCGAAAUAUGGCAUUCUCCACCAAAGAUCGCGACAAUGAUGAUACUUCGAUUAACUGUGCCGCAAAAUAUAGUAGUGCUUGGUGGUACAAAAGCUGUUUCGAUGCCAACUUAAACGGCUACUAUUACCACGGUCAGCAUACUUCGGCCCCUUGGCGUGGUAUCAACUGGGAGGAAUGGAAGGGUGGUAGUUACUCUGCUAAGAGAGCUGAAAUGAAGAUCAGGCCCGUGGACUUUUAA